AUGGCCAAAGACCAUGGAGCCCCAAACGGGACCUCGCCUAUUGAGGGCCCUGCCACUCGAAAAAUCCCGUUCUAUCGCAUGAUUGUUGACCAGGGCGUCGUGACGCAAGAAGUCAUCGACCACAAAUAUGCUGGAUCCGGCACAGAGGACGACCCGUACUCUGUUGUUUGGAUCCCCAACGAUCCCCGGAAUCCUAUGGAAUUCUCAACGACAAUGAAAUGGUCCCUCACUGGCAUCGCUGCCAUUGCGACUCUAGCUGUCGCAUUGGUCUCUUCCGCAUAUACGGGCGGUAUCGCAGAGAUCGAAGCUGAGUUCGGGAUUGGCAGCGAAGUUGCGACCCUGGGUGUCUCUCUUUUCGUCCUGGGUUUCGCAAUUGGACCUUUGCUUUGGGCGCCUCUGAGUGAAAUGUUUGGCCGUCAGAUCGUCUACUUCUUUACAUACCUGGCUCUUACAGCUUUCAACUGUGGAUGCGCCGGCGCGACGAACUCGUGGACUCUCAUCAUCCUUCGGUUUUUCGCCGGUGCGUUCGGUUCUUCGCCUCUUACCAAUGCUGGUGGUGUUAUUGCCGAUAUGUUUUCGGCUAAGCAGCGUGGCGUUGCCAUGAGUAUGUUUGCCGCUGCUCCAUUCCUAGGUCCCGUCCUCGGCCCUAUUAUCGGUGGAUUUCUCGGAAUGAAUGCGGGUUGGCGAUGGGUUAUGGGUUUCCUGGGUGCUUUCUCAGGUGUCCUUUGGAUUGCCGGAUCGCUCCUCAUGCCGGAGACAUACGCCCCCGUUCUCCUUCGUCGCCGUGCCGAAAGACUCUCCAAGAUCACCGGCAAAGUUUACCGAAGCAAGGCAGACAUUGACCAGGGAAAGACUACACUUGGCGAGGCUUUCAAGACGGCCUUGUCCCGGCCCUGGAUUCUGCUCUUCCGCGAGCCUAUUGUGUUCUUGCUCUCUCUGUACAUGGCCAUUGUCUACGGAACCCUGUACAUGCUUUUCGCCGCCUACCCCAUUGUUUUCCAGGGUGUUCGUGGUUGGAGCCAGGGCAUUGGCGCUCUUCCCUUCCUGGGUAUCAUGGUCGGCAUGAUUUUGGCCGUUGCAUACAGUAUUUGGGAUAACAAACGGUAUAUCCGCGCCCAGGAUGAGAAUGGCGGAUUUGCUCCCCCCGAGGCACGUCUGCCUCCCUGUAUGGUGGCCUCCGUUGCAAUCCCGAUCGGACUGUUUUGGUUCGCGUGGACCAACUACCCGUCCAUCCACUGGAUCGUCUGCAUCAUUGCUGGAGCUCCCUUCGGUUUCGGUAUGGUGCUGGUGUUCCUCAGCAUCAUGAGCUACCUAAUCGAUACAUACACCAUCUUCGCUGCGUCCGUCCUGGCCGCCAACUCCGUCCUGCGUUCGAUCUUCGGUGCCGUCUUCCCCCUCUUCACCACCUACAUGUAUCAAGACCUUGGUAUCCACUGGGCCUCCUCAAUCCCGGCCUUCCUCGCCCUCGCCUGCGUUCCCUUCCCCUUCCUCUUCUACAAGUACGGCAAGCCGAUCCGUCUCCGCUGCAAGUAUGCCGCCCAGUCCGACGCCUUCAUGCGCAAGAUGAUGGAGCAGGCCAGACCCGAGAGCGAAUCCAGCGAGAAGGCCAGCGAGGGAGAAGAGCCCGAGAAGUUCGACCGCACCGAAGCGCCCGCGCCCGAUCUUGGCGAGGAUGUGGAAGGUGUUUCCGAGGCGGACUCUGAUGUCGAGGAACUUCCUUCUAUGAGGCCGACCCACAGCAAGGCCUCUGUUAGGUCUCACAUGUCGCACACCUCUUUGUAUGAGGGCAACCCUUACGAUAUUGACCGUGUCAACACACGCGAGUCCUUCAAAUAG